CCCGUAGUCUGCAAAGUGCAAGUUAGCUCGUCGUUAUAGAUCCAAAAGUAUUUGACUCUAACUUAGUUUUCCUUGGUUUCGAGAAAAUGUCUCGUGUGUAUGAUUAUGUGGUGGUUGGCUGCGGUGGAAUAGGCAGUGCCACGAUAUACUGGUUGGCCAGGAAAGCUGGGAAUCGUGUGCUUGGUCUGGAGCAGUUUAACCUUGCUCAUCACAAUGGUGGAUCACAAGACCACUCUAGGAUUAUACGACUCUCGUACAACAGCAGUGAUUACGUCCAGCUGGCAAGAGGUACGUAUGAAGCAUGGGCAGAAGCGGAAAGGGAAUCUGGGAUCCAGUUAGUAUUCAAGACUGGUGGAUUGGAUAUUGCUAAAAGAGGCACGGUUGGAGCUCAGGUGAUUGAGAAAUAUGCUCAGGCCAUGGAGGAGCAGAAUGUUCCAUACGAAAGACUGGAAGGAGAAAGAGUGCGUCGAAAGUUCCCUCAGUUUGAUGCUACCCCUGAUUGGACCUGCCUCUACCAGAAGGACUCGGGACUAGUAGAUGCUGCUAUGGGCAACGCAGUCCACAUACAACUAGCCCAGAAGUAUGGAGCAACCAUCGUUGAAAAUGCUGCAGUCAUGAGUUUGAAGAAGCAUGGGGAUCUAACUCAGGUUUGCACGAGUCAAGGUGAUUUCCUGUGCAGGAAAGUGAUAGUGACAGCCGGGGCCUGGAUGAAUGAUGUUCUUUCUUCCGUAGGGGUUAAAAUACCACUAACGGUCACCCAAGAACAGGUCACCUACUUUGGUACUCCUCACAUGAAAGAAUUCACAAAGGAUAGAUUCCCAGUUUUUAGCUACGUAUAUCAUGACCGCUCGAUAUUCUGUGUACCAAUACACGGUACAAGUGGGGUUAAGAUCGGCAUAGAUGCAGCAGGUCCAGAAGUUGGACCCAACUCUAGAUCUUUCACUCCUGACCCUCAAAGAGAAGGGGAGGUUAUUGCCUUUCUUUCUCGGCAUUGUAAAAGGGCCCUGGGUCCAAUACUCUACACCAAGACCUGUCUGUAUGCCAUGACGCCGGACAGGAAUUUUGUGAUUGAUAACUGCAGGAAGGUGGGCCAUCCGAAUGUCAUCUUCUGCUGUGGAGCCGGUCACGCAUACAAGUUUGCUGCUGUUCUUGGAAGAAUCCUAAGUCAGUUAGCUAUAGACGGGAAGACAACCUUCAACAUUGCUCCUUUCAACAUGGAAAGAGAUGCGAUUACGGACCCAAACUUCCCCAAGUGUUUCCAGCUGGGACUACCAGAAGAAGAAUUGGCUAAACUCCAAGCAAAGUUGUGAAGCAACAUCUGACUGAUCUCCAUUCCCACAAGGAAUUCAUAUUCGAUGAUAUUCCGGCUAAUGUUGAGAUGAAUUCAUCAGGAAAAGGUCUCUAAAUGCUGACAAUAGAGGGAAUCAACUUAAAACAUAUAUGAUUGAAAAUAUAUUAAGAAACGUUAUUAUGAACCUGAAGGUGGAAUAUAUGAAAGCGUUUCUAAUCAAGUUGAUUUUGAUACAAAACAGUGUUUAGUAAAACCUUGUUACAACAAAAUUACUCGCACAUCUAACAAAAUUAAUGAAGUUACUUCAUGUGGCAAUCCCUUUUAUCAUGGAAUGAUGUAUAAAGUAUGGCACUGGAAAGAGUGUCAUGAAGUGCACAAAAGGUGAUGGAUACAUCUAGGUAGCAAUAAAACUUGCUGAAAUAUGAAGAAAAAAAUCCAUUGUUUAAUCAUGUUGGAGCCAACAAGUCAGGCUGCGGAAGGACUUAAAAAGGAGAAGGGGUGGGGGCAUGAGCAUGCAUAAAACCACAAUUUGGUGGACAUUUUAAUUUUUUUUUACAUGAUUUUUUUUAUAUUUUUAUUGGGGCUCCCCCUGGUUCUGCGUUCCUGCAAAUAGCUGCAUCAUUCAUGAAGGCAGGGAGAACAGCUUUCUUGAAACUUGACAUUUCUUUUAAUAAUUUUCUGCUGAGCUGGGUAUGUUCCAGUUCCUUAUCGUUCUUGGGUAAAAUAAGAACUCAAAGGGAUGCUCAGGCUGAAAAUAAUGAUUUAAACAGAUAAAGAAAAAUCAACAAACUAAACACUGAAAAUUUGAUCAAAAUUGGACAAGGAAUAACAAAGUUUUAAAGAUAUGUAUUAUUCUGUCGAAACAGUUCUAGGCAUGUCUUCAUGAAUAUUCAAUGACCAAAUUGAUUAUGUCAUAUCCCCACUUGUUCUUUUGUAUUUUAUUAUAUGAAAUUAGGUUUAUUCAAUUAGUUUCUACCAAAAACUGAAAACUGACAAAUGACAACUGAUUUAUUGCAUUAUAUAUUCAUUGCUGCAACUUUAUUUUGUUAUAAAGGAGACAUAUUGUUCACACAUGUAUGAAAAAAUGAAACAAU